AGGACGAAGGAAGGCUUCUUGCCUUCACGUAUUCGUUUUUUGUGUCCUUUGUCACAAUAAUUAUCCUUUCAUGAUGUAUUGCAUUGGUUUGACACGUCAAGUGUCAUACGGCUAACUUGAACUGUUCUAAUUGCACUUUAUUUGUUUCGCUUACAGGAAUGAGGCUGCCAUGUGCGCUGUGGUUCAGAAUCCACAAGAACUCCUACGUCACCCUGCCAUACACUACUGCAGCUUCUAUUCUACACUAAAGAAAGAAAGCUUCAGCACCAGUGCCAUAGGAGGUGGUGGUCGGCCAUGUCCUGACUCCGGCACGUCCGAGUUGAACCCGGUGCCUGACUGGGUUUCACAGUAGGCCAUGGUUCGCCACAGGCGGCUGCUGCUGCUGCUAUCGCUGGGAGCUGCCCUGUUCCUGGCGGUAGUUCAGCUGGCUCCGGACCUAGGCUUGCCAGCAGUGCGGGCACCGCCCGUGUCUUCCGUCAACUCGCUGGUCGGGAAAGUCAGCACCGGCGACGCACUGCGAGCAGGCCAGGAUGGGAAAGGAACGUCGUCUCCAGGAGGCAUGGUCAGAAAAGCCAUGGGACACAAUAACAUUGACGUCCUGCAAGCAUCGAUUGCAAAGGCUUCGACGACGAAGAAGGCACUGCAUAGAAUUACGCCUGCCGGCGUCCUGAGGCCAGGGGUAGUAACCUCCACGUCCAUCUCCGUGGUGCGAGCGCCCGUCGCGUUUCGACAUUUCGUCAUCCACCAGAAGGCCUCCGUCACUAGGCCUGUCAUGAACCGUUUCAAGCCGCUCUUGCUCUCCAGAAUGCUGAAAAUGUUCGACAGGACCCUGGCUCACUACCCCGUCGUGCCCGCCGACAAGGUCCACAGGGUCAUCGUCGUCACCUACUUCCGGGCCGGUUCUACUUUUGUCGGCGACAUCCUGUCCUCGACGCCGCGCACCUUCUACCACUUCGAGCCUCUGCACAUGUUCAGCAAAGACGCCAGGCUCGAUGGCAGCGCCGCGGGCAACGCCUCCGGCUUGAUCGGCCACCUGCUCCGCUGCGACUUUCAGCGCGUCCAACAUUACGUGCGCUGGGCUGCCGAGAAAAAGUUCCUCUUCAGGCGGAACCACUUCCUCUGGGCCCUGUGCGGAGGCCAGCAUCCGGUCUGCUUCAAGCCAGACUACGUGUCCAAAGUGUGCGCUCGGGCCCCCGCGCAAGUCAUGAAGGUCACGCGCCUGCACAUGUCUCAGGUUCGCGACUGGCUGCACAGCAACCCGGACAUUGCCGGAUCUGUGAAAAUUCUGCACCUGGUGCGCGACCCGCGAGGCAUUCUGGCUUCGAGGAGGCUCCUGGACUGGUGCAACGAAUCCAAGAGCUGCGCACACCAGGACACACUCUGCUCAGAGCUCCGCGCAGACCUCGACACGUUCGAGGACCUUCAGAGGACGUUUCCGAACAGCACAUACAGGCUUCGAUACGAGGACGUAUCUCUAGACCCAAAAAAGGAAGCUUUGAAAAUGUUCGACGCCCUCGGGCUGAACUACACGGUGUUUGUGUCCAACUUCCUCAAGACGCACACCAGGGCGCGAAAGGCGGACGCUUUAGACCCGUACUCGACGAGGAGGAAUUCGUCCACGGUAGCGUUUCAGUGGAGGACUAAGCUGAACUACGAAGACAUCGCGGAUAUUCAGCGGUCCUGCUCGGACGUGCUCCUUCGGUUAGGUUACAAGACUAUCACCAGUGAAAACGAGUUGCUCGACGAAGUACCCAUAGCUCCUGUGCCGCAUUUGAUAGCAGCCAGUGUCCGUACGACCUUGAGGGUAUCUGUGGGCACCGCAAGAUAGUAAAUUAGUCAAUGUACGCUUUUCAUGAGUGCAUUACGCGCGCUGGAUUUCAUUACUGCGGUUACGGUGAGAAAUUUUCACUUUCUAUGGUCCGUAGCUUGCUUAAUGGACGAAUUAGUGUGAUCUGCAAUUAAAUAUAACAUUGAUGCCAUUGUCAACCGACAGGAAUGGUGACGUUGCACUCUGCGAGUUCCCACUGCUGAAAGGUCUGAAUGACUGUCGGAUCAAGGUAUCUACGUGAGUGACAUAAUAUGAGUGAAAAUUUAGUAGUGCGAUCGUGAACCACAUUUUCAGAGCACGCCAAGAAAUCGUGAUGUGCUCAUGGGACAUGUGUGUGCGCAUAUUUGAAGUUCAUCUGUUUUGUUUGACGAUAUAGUAAGCCUUGCGCCUUUGUUGCUUUGAAUAUGGCUACGUCAGCGUUUAUGUGUGUGUGAUGUGUCGCUGGUAUUUCUUGUAGUUCUCCCGCAUUUACGUUUGCUGCUAUGAAUAUCAAGUGCACUCUAGAAACACCACCAGCAAAUAUUUAUAGGUUUAUAUACCUCUUGGGUGGUUGCUUAUGCACAAGUUUUGACUUCGACUGCAACAGUAAACAACAGUAGGCGAAGUCAAGUGUUGACUGAAGCACUUAAUCACACAGAUGGAAAGCAUUCACCGCUGGAAUAAUUUUUACGUUUGUGAAUAAUGCAGGUUUAUAGACAUUUGGAGUGGUGGGAUAUAUGAUGCUCAUGGUGCUCUUUUCCUACUGCGAUUUCACAAACAUAAUUUGGGAAAGGUUCAUCGACGAAAGGUCGGUAACGUAUCGUUAGAACGAGAUAUGGUAUAUAAAUGUUAUCACUUGUUACAGCAAUGUUAUGUCUUUCCGUAAUCAGAUGGAAAGUUGUACCUGGCGCCCACAAAAUGGUUACGAUAGAAGAUACGGUUUAUUGUUAAAACAAAUUGUAGUUGAUUCUCCUGCAUUUGAUUUCACCUACACCUGCAUACUAUGGCGUUACUCUAACGCAGGGCACAGUUUGUUAACUUAUAUCCUGGAAGGCUUUUGACAGGUCACUUCAACGGUGACCACGUUUUGUAAGCCUGUGCUUUUCACCUUGAAACGUUUUGUUCACGAUACGGGCUUGGUUAUGAAGCUGUGCAGGGUGUGCAGUUGUUGUCUCUAUCUCAAGUGUGCAGUCUUCCUUUCAUAGUGUUGACAAUUCCAUCAUAUUCGUAACGUGGUUCAAGUAGUAAAGGGUAAAGUUGCAAAGUUCAAGAACAAAGAACCCAGUUCAAUGCGAUUCCUUAAACUCUACCAACAGCAACAACAACAACAACAACAAUAAAACUAAUAGCAAAAAUAAUACGGCGUAUAGGUCUUAAUUUAUUGGUUUCAUGAUGACAUAUUUUGUGUGGAUUGGUAGAACCAAAGCACAAGGUUAUAUUCUUUAUUAAAGAAAAUUUGAACAUGGAAAAUUAUGUAAGAGAGCGACACUCAACAACUCGGUUUAUUAUCUCCAUCAAGUUAUUUGAGACUAAUUGGUGUGCCUAUUGAACUGUCUAAAUGCGGGUUUUAUUCGUAGCACUGGACGAUCGAGGGACGGCCAACACUACGCGUUUGAUAACCACUCUGCUUUGACAAAGGUACUCUGUUCACACCUAGGCGCCUAUCACAUGAAGAAGACCUGUUGAUACACGAACGAAACCUGCUGAAAACUAGCGUGCGUUUGUCGCGAGGUAUCGUGAUUUGCGCGAUAGAAUAGGUGCACGUAUUCGGCUGUAGCCGUUUUGCUUAUGCGACUUGCUUCAUAAUGCUUAAGAAGACAACCGGUCACGUAAGCUGUCAAAAACUAGAAUCUCCGGAAAGAGCACGGUUAGGGAAGAAAAAGAAACAUCUUUAGGCAUCGUAUAGGACCGAAAUGAGUGAAGAGGCCUGAAUGUGUGGCGAUUUGAAGUGUUGCUAGGUGAGAAUGAAGUAGCGAAGGCUUUGUUUUCAUGACGUGGCACAAAGAGAGUUGCCUUGAGCCCAGUCAUUCCGUCCGAGCUUGUACAACUGCGUUUCCACGCGCAAGGCGUCCUGCAAUCGACUAUCAUCGGCGUUCCACUCGCCUGGCGCUGAUGUCUAGGUGCCAAAACCUUGACUGGUUCAGGGAGCUUACGCACGGGCUUUUUUGUGCAGUUCAUUUGUGUUUGGCGAGCGGGCAUUGGUAUUGCGUGUAAGCUUUAGGAAGCACGAUAUGGUGUUAAUUUUAUUGUCCGCGCAUGACCAAGAGACACAAGAACAGCAUGAUGAUCAGCGUUGACGUGAUUUUGACAAGAGGGCUAAUUGGCUUCGUUUACACGGCCCUAGGCUUUGUCGUCGGGACCUGGAGUUCAAGAAGGUGAGGAGUGGUCAGCACUUCCCCGUAGUUGGGCAACUCGGAAGCCUAUAGACAGUGCGGUUGGGUAUUAGGUUCACGAGGAGGAAAAACAUGUUACGAUAUCUAUUUACUGUGCAUGGAAAAGUGCAUAAAUACUGUAAUAUCAGCUACAAGGUGUUUAAAAGAUUGGUUGCUAUCAGACUGCAAAGUAUUUUAAGAUCAAUGUGUUUACGUUCGCUCUCCAAAAACCGCAGCAUGUCAUUUUACGCAUAGUGUUUUGCCGAACAUGCGAAUAUAUAACGAAGAGCUAGUCAAGGGCGAGCUAGAUUAGUAACGGUGAAGAGUUAUAUACUUUCAGAUGACAAAUGUGCUCUUAAAGCAUUCAUAACGCCCGACGUGAGUCAUGGAAAGCGUUUAAGUGGCACUAUUAGCACUAGGACAAAUUUCUCUUGAAGCUCCUCGUGACGCAAUGUUCAACAUACGUCAUUCUUUGUGCAACGAAGAUGCGGUCGACGCGUCCAAACGUCGUUAUUUAUAAGCGUCAUCAUCCGAAACGUAGGUAUGGGUCAUUUAUCACAUGCUGACGAUGAAUUGAGCGAGGCAAACGUAGAAAUGCAAGACCACUCGUCGUGUCUGUUUCUCUGGUUUUUGUACAUUUGUUUUUCCAAGUCGGGAUUCCACUACCAUUGACGUCAUAAUUGGAGCACGUAGAAAUGUGCUCAUGUCUUCCGUGAAGUUUGAGUCAUUUACACUGGCAGGUGAAUGGCACCCAGUGCUCAUUAUGAUGUUGCUGUUACUCUAUCAUGUGUCGUUAUGACUGAGCGCGACCGCUUGCUUGUUAUCCAGCAGGAACUGGAUGUGAAAACUUAGUGUGGACAUUUCGCAGCAUGUAAAUAAAAUGCACCAUCAUUA